CUGCUAAGGAAUGAAAGAGUUUAAACCCUUUACUUCGGACCACACUCAGCCUGUCUGCAUCCCUCUGAUUGAACCACGAAGGGAGGAGGGAGGCGUCCCGGGGCUGCUGCUCACCACCGACACCCACCCUGUCUAGCACACUUUUGGUCACCAGGAUUUUACCAGGUGAUACUGCAGUGAAGACUCUUGGGUAUAAAUCUUGGCACAGAUCCAUGAUCAUUCUCCUUCUAGUAAACACCAAGAGGUGGAAUUGUGGAGUCAGAAGGUACACGCCUGGUAAAGGCUUCAGCACAAUUAACAAAUGGCUUGAGAGGGAGGGAAGCACAUCACAAUCCCAGCAGCAAUGCAUGAAAACUCCAUGUCCUAAAUCCUCGUCAGCACUGGAUAUUGAGUUUGACAGGUUUGGCAACACUAGCUUAGUACUGAGAAAAUUAAUCAGCCUGAGAUCACUGCACCCUAACUCUGUGUUAAAACACAAGAGAAGUAUAUGUCCUGGUUAUGAAGGAAUUCAUAGAAUAUGGGCCGGGUUUUUCCUGGCUCAACCACUUACUUACUUCCCUGCUGUUUGGCUCUGGAAGAGUUACGUACCCUCUUCGCCUUAACCUUGCCUGCCAGCUGUGAGCAUGAGUAUUUGGACUGAAUUUAUCAUAUUCUCAUUUAUAUUUGUAUUAUAUAUAAUAUAUAAAUGAGAAUAUAUAUAUAUGUUCUUAUUUAUCCUCCCCAACUAGACACAAAUAUAUAUAUAUAUAUAUAUAAUAAACUAAUAACUAUAAUAUAUAUAUGGUUAAUAUAUACAGGGUUCAAAAGCAGUCGUCACUGCCAUUGCUAUUACUACUACUACUACUGAUUAUAAUAAUCAUUGAGAUGGCUCUGGGUAGACACUUAACAAAUGUUAAUUACCACUUACAAGCUGUUUAACUUGGCUUAGAAAAGUUACGCCCUCUCUCCAAUCAUUAGCUUCCCCAUCUGUUCAACGGAACUAAAAAUACCCAUUUCCUAGGAUUACUGUGAGGAUUAUAGGAAAUGAAACAAUCAGCUCAGUACCAGGAAUAUAGAAGGAAGUUUUCUUCCUUUAGGAAUAUUUUAGAAACCGACUUCAGAAAAAUAAUGCAUAAUGCCUGAUAAUAAACAACUCAGUUUCUUUUGUGAAGAACUCUAAGAUCAGGGGCUGAAUCAGCAAGAGCUGGUGAAACUACAUCUUUACCCUUUAUCCUCCUUUUUGGAAAAAUUAUUCUUUCGAAACAUCAACUCUUUUGGCCUGAUGGUCUGGUCCCUGUCACUGGGUUUGCCUGGCCGAUGGCAAAAAAUCAUAGGCUGAGGUGCCAAUGUAGGAGACUGAAAUAAGAGUAGGGAUUAGGUGGAGAAGAAGGAAACUCUUUCUCCCUAUGUUCUUGCUUAGUUAAUACCUAAUGGCUUUUUAAGGGGUUGCAAGUAUAGUUUAAUAAAAAUGUGCCAAUAUCUAGCAGCAAAGGCACUCUGCCAACAUCAUAAGCCCCUCUGUACCUGCUCUGGCGUAAUAACUUUGAUAAGAACUACUCAUUACUGAGCACCUAUUGUAAGACUCUAUAAUCCUUCCAACAACCUGAUUAUUCCAAUGAAGACGUAGCUAUUCAGAAGACAUAACAAUUCAGAGCCAGGACUGGGACUCAUGUCUGUUUGCCUUGAAGUACAUGUUUUUCCUUGUCUACUUUCUCUCUCUUCCUCUCCUCUUUCUCCUCUAGUACUUUUCAGAUUCCUGCCUUUUCCUUCUAGCCCACCUGGAUUUCAGGCCAGCCUUUGUACCCAUCCCAGGUGCAUCACCGAUCCCCAUGGCUUUAAGAUCUCCUGUUUCCAUGGCCCUGCACCUGGUGGACUGAGAGGGAUGCCAGCUGCUCUUUCUUUGCAGGGCACAGAGCUCUGAGUAGCACACCAAGAUGUGCAGGAACCUGGAAGCUGAGAACCCUUACAUAUUCUGAGUCUCUGAGUCAUUGAAGAAAAAGAAGGUACUUCAGUGAAAAGGGCUCAGCCUUACUAGGAAGUAUAAAGGAAAUAUUAAAGGCACUGUGUUUUUAAAUAGUAUACUCAGCAAACUUGAAUAUUUUUGGCUAAAGUAAUUUCAUAUUGUGACCAAGGGAACUGAGUAAGAGUUCAAUUAAGGUACUAUGAGGAGACAGGAGCAUUGCAUUUAAACAGACCAAUGUUUUAACAGUUAAGAUUAUUUUUUAUCUUUGACCUAAAGGAGACAAGUAUACUCAACAGGGAAAAGAUAGUCUCUAAAUAAACAGUGCUGGGAAAGCUGGAUAGUCACAUGCAAAAGAAUGAAAUUGGACCCCUAUCUUACAUGACUUACAAAAAUUAACUCAAAGUGGAUUAAAGACUUAAAUGUAAGAUCAGAAACCAUAAAACUCCUAGAAGAAAACAUAGGGGAAAAGCUCCUUGACAUUGGGCUUGGCAAUGAUUUUUUUUUUAGAUAUGACUCCAAAAGCACAAGCAACAAAAGUGAAAAUAAACAAGUGAGACUACAUCAAACUGAAAAAUUUGUGUAUAGUCAAGAAGCAAUCAACAAUAUGAAAAGGUAGCUUAUGUAAUGGCAGAAAAUAUUUGUAAACUACAUAUCUGAUUGGGGGUUGAUAUCCAAAAUACAUAGGGAACUCAUACAACUCAACAGCCAAAAAAAAAAAAAAAAAAUUCCCACACAAAUAAUCCAAUUAAAAAAUGGGCAGGGACUUCCCUGGUGGCACAGUGGUUAAGACUCCGCACUCCCAAUGCAGGGGGCCUGGGUUCAAUCCCUGGUCACUGAACUAGAUCCCACAUGCAUGCUGCAACUAAGAGUUCACAUGCCACAACUAAGGAGCUCAUGUGCCACAACCAAGGAGCCGGAGAGCCACAACUAAGGAGCCUGGGAGCUGCAACUAAGGAGCAUGCCUGCUGCAACUAAGACCCAGUGCAAUCAAAUAAAUAAAUAUAUAUAUAUAUUUUUUAAAUGGGCAAAGGAUCAGAAUAGAUGAAUAGACAUUUUUCCAAAAGAUAUUCACAUGGCCAACAGGUACAUGAAAAGGUGCACAGCAUGACUAAUCAUCAGGAAAAUGCAUUUCAAAACUAAAAUGAGAUAUCACCUCACACCUGUUAGAAUAGCUAUUACCAAAAAGACAAGAGCUAAGUGCUGGUGAAUAUGUGGAAAAGAGGGAACUCUUGCUCACUUUUGAUGGGAAUGUAAAUUGGUGAAGGCACAAUGGAAAACAGUAUGGCAAUUCCUCAAAAAAUUAAAAACAGAACAACUAUAUGAUCCAACAAUUCUACUUUUGGAUAUAUACCUGAAGAAAAUGAAAUCACUAUCUUUGAAACUGAGCAGGACCCUACAGGGUCUUUCUGGGGAAAGACACCCAACCCGUGUCCUCCAUCUCUUAUUUUAAAAAAAACUUAAGCCUCCUAGGCCUUCCAAAGAGCAAAUAUAAUCAGAAAUACAGAAACAAAGGAAAACAAUCAAGCAAGACAAAAUAAUAAUAGUUUAACCAUAAAACAAAAGUCAAUGACCUUUAAUUCCUCCUCAGAGGCUGUAGAUAAUAUCCUGAUCCAGAUCUUUGAGUUGUUUUUCAGAUAUUAAAACCCCCACAAGAUGGAAGAAGUUGACUGCAUGCUGACCACUAACAUGUAGCCCCCAGACGAGCUGGAGCGUGAAGAUUGAUAAUGCUGACCUCUGUGACCUCAUCUGGUUGCCUCACCACCCACCAAUAAGAAAAUUCCACAGGAUGUUGGUGUGUGAGCCGUGCAGUGACCAUGUGGAGCGAACCUGCCACAGAUCUUCAAUGGACAUGAAAUAUGGAAUAAUGAGACACAGGUCAAGAAACUUGCCCAAGUUCAGACAAGACCCUCGGAGAAGGUCAGGUAAGCUUUCUGAGACCACACAGCAAGCGAGUGGCGCAGCAAGUACUGAAGCCGAUGUUUGUCUCCCCCUCUCCCGCCAAGGAGAACUGCCAGGGGUCCCCGCGAAAGCAGAAGCUGGGGAAGAGGGAAGGGAGCAGGCUGCGUCUGCGCGCGCGCUGGGAAGCGGGGGCUUCCGGGGCUGCAGGGUCGCCAUAGCGGGUGUGAUGCAAUCACGCCCGUCGCUGCGUCAACGGGCGGCUCCAGGGAUGCGGGGACUGCAGUAGAGCUGGUCCCCACCGCCGCCCGCCUCGUCCCUGCCGCCCACCGCGGCUAACCCGGCAGGCAACCGCUGUCGCUAACCUUCGUCCAGCGUCAGGACCACCGCCCCGGAGCCACCAGCGACCCCGACAACAUCUCUCAGACACCGGCAACCCUGACAACCGCCCCCAGGUACCGGCGGUCCCUGACAACCACUCCGAGCCACCGGUAACCCUUGACAACCGCCGCCAGCACCCCCCAACCCCCCCCCCGCCACCCGGCGCCUGGGGCGCGCCAUGAAGUCGGCGGUGAGCGCGCGCGGUGGGGUGUCUGGCGGCCGCGGGGGUGGCUGCUGGGGCGGAGGGCGAGGAGGCGGAGGAGGGGGCAGAGGAGGAGGCGGGGGCAAAGGAGCAGGAGGUGAUGGCGGCGGCCCGGGGGGCAAGGGCGGCUUCGGAGCGCGAACGCGCGGCUUCGGAAGCGGCAGGGGCCGGGGGCGUGGUGGCGGAGACGGCAGGGACCGCGGAGGCGGCGGGCAGCGGCGUGGCGUGGCCAAGAGCAAGAACCGCCGCAGGAAGGGCGUCACCACGGUAUCCGUGGAACCGCACCGGCACGAGGGGGUCUUCAUCUAUCGCGGGGCGGAGGACGCUCUGGUCACACUGAACAUGGUGCCCGGCCAGUCGGUGUACGGCGAGCGGCGGGUCACGGUGACCGAGGGCGGCGUGAAACAGGAGUACCGCACGUGGAACCCCUUCCGCUCCAAGCUGGCCGCGGCCAUACUGGGCGGGGUCGACCAGAUUCACAUCAAGCCCAAGUCCAAAGUGCUGUACCUGGGUGCCGCCUCGGGGACCACCGUCUCCCACGUCUCCGACAUCAUCGGCCCUGACGGCCUAGUCUACGCGGUCGAGUUCUCCCACCGCGCCGGCCGCGAUCUGGUCAACGUGGCCAAGAAGAGAACCAACAUCAUCCCAGUCCUCGAAGACGCCCGGCACCCCCUCAAGUACCGCAUGCUCAUUGGGAUGGUGGACGUGAUCUUUGCCGAUGUGGCCCAGCCAGACCAGUCCCGCAUCGUGGCUCUGAAUGCCCACACCUUCCUGCGCAACGGGGGCCACUUCCUCAUCUCCAUCAAGGCCAAUUGCAUCGACUCCACCGCAUCUGCCGAGGCAGUGUUUGCUUCUGAGGUGAGGAAGUUGCAGCAGGAGAAUUUGAAGCCUCAAGAGCAGCUGACCCUGGAGCCCUAUGAGAGGGACCACGCUGUGGUCGUCGGGGUCUAUCGGCCCCUUCCCAAGAGCGCCAACAAGUAGCAACCCAGCUCGGGCUGUCCCUGAGAUAAUGCCUAAGGCUGUGCUGUGUUCAGUGUUACUAUAUGUGUGUUUUCUUUGUGCACCGCUUUUCUA